GAGAAAAAGCUGGAGCUAUUUUAGAAAGCCUUUUAAUCUUUGAUAAAUAUUACUCAGACCUGAAUGUGUCUCGGGCGUGGCCAAGGAGGUAGUGGUUCUGCGGCUACAUCCAUUCAAGCUCUAUUUAAAGCGGCUCCAAUGGAGGCUCCGGACACACUGCGCCCUCCGCUGCGCUCCGCUCCGCCCGACAUGACUCCGACCGGCUUCCACAUGGUAAACACGGGGGGAGACAGGGGAGGAGGGGGAGGCUCCAGGCUCCAGGCUCCGGGUUCUGACUCUGACUCUGACUCUGAAUCUCCGCAGAUCUUCCUGGGCUCGCUGCUCUGCUUCGGCCGCGCGUCCUCCGCCAGGUGCGUCGACAGUGACAACUGGCAGCGCCGCGAAAAAGCGUGGCAGCUCAUCAAGAACCAGACAAGCGGCAACGCGACGCCGGAUGCGAAACGGACGUGCGACCAGGCGGCUAGAGAGAUGAGCGAGGACCCGAGCGACCGCGCCCUUUCCCCGUGGAGGCUCAGGACAGACCGAGAUGACACCAGAUUUCCACCAGAAAUCUACGUGGCCGAGUGUCUUUGUCAAGGCUGCAUCAUCGGCCAGAGGGAGAACCUGAGCUACAACUCGGUGAAGGUUCACGCCUCCCUGCUGGUCCUGAGAAAGUCUCAGUGUCCACGCGAUCCAAGCAAAUACAAACUUACAAAGGAGUUAAUCAAAGUCCCUGUGGCCUGCACAUGUGUUCGGCCCGUGAUUAGGAACCAUCACCGCUAGCCUCCGUCUCACCACUUCACUUUCCAUUUCAUUCAGCAUUUAUUGCACCAGCAUUCCUCACAUUACCUGAAUAUUCAGGUAGAUUUUCUAUCGCAGGGUCAGAGUUUAUCAUUUGCCAACUAUGAAAAAUGAUUUUAAUAACAUCACUGGCUACGUUAGGCUAAACAAGCUAAUGGUAGUGCAGGAAAGAUGUGGCUAAACAACAUCAGCAACGUAAUAAUGUUAGCUGCUAUGUUAGCCUAAACACGAUAAUGUUAAACAAGAUAAUGUUAGCUGCUAUGUUAGGCUACACAAGAUAAUGUUAGCUGCUAUGUUAGGCUACACAAGGUAAUGUUAGCUACUAUGUUAGCCUAUACAAGAUAAUGUUAGCUACUAUGUUAGCCGAGGCACGUUAAUAUUAGCUGCUAUGUUAGCCUAAACACGAUAAUGUUAAACAAGAUAAUGUUAGCAGCUAUGUUAGGCUACACAAGGUAAUGUUAAACAAGAUAAUGUUAGCAGCUAUGUUAGGCUACACAAGGUAAUGUUAAACAAGAUAAUGUUAGCCUGGGAAAGAUCAUUUAAGCAGCUAUAUUAGCUCAUUUCUGUGAAGAUUAUCAGGUCGUGAAUGUCCAAAAGGCCUUUAAAUAAGGCAACUGGACUUGUAGAAUUUCUUGAAGAUAUAUGAGCUAAGGGAGACAGUUCUAGUUUUUAUGUUAACCUAAAUAAGCUAACAAGCUAAGUAGGAGGUUCCAGGCUAGUUCUGGUUUAGCUCCCGUUUUUCACAUAAUUUCUUAGGACCACGCUCCUGAUGAUUUUGAAAUCUUGAAUCGUUUUAUUGCUUCAGGGCUCAAACGGUUCAUUCAGAUAAACGCUGGAUAAAAGGACAAGUUUCAAGUAAGAUUUUAAUGUGAAUAAUUAUUAUUUAUUUUCUCUGAACCAAAAUUUCUGAAGUUUGUUGUUCUUGCUCAGUCUAUUCAAAAUUUGUGUUUGCGUUUAAUGUUUUCUUUUAAAACUGGACAGUAUUAUCUGCUGAGUGUUUCAUCGAUAAUUUAUUUAUAUAUACAUAUAUAUUUAUAUUUGCAGUUGUUUUCUUAUCGUGAUCACAUUUCAUCACUGUACUGUAACUAAUUAAGCUGCUUCUUUA